UAAUACACUAAUCUAGUUAUAUCCUCUGCAAUUAAUCACUUAAUAAAAUCUAUCACAUCACAAGAACAAGAAGAAGAAGAAGAAAAGAUGAAGGGUGGGAUGGCAUUAUUAUUGCAGGUGGCCAUUGUUGUGCUGGCAGUGUUGAGUGUGGGGAGGAGAGGAGUACUGGUGGAAGGUGGCGGCGGCGGCGGUGACCUGAUUUGCGAGCCAAAGGACUGUUUACUGUGCUGCGCCGUGAAUUGCAAGGGAAACCCCAACCCCAGCUGCUAUAACGACUGCGUUAAAGCCUGUGGUGGUGACGUUCAUGAAGAUAUUCUCGUCCUCUCCGGCGGCCGAGUUCUUCCAUAUCCGCCGCUUGCCGCCUGAUCAUUAAUGGAUGUGAUGUAAUUGGUUUGUUUAUUUGGAAGAAAUAAAUAAAGAAAUUAGACAUGAAUGUGUACCUUUCGAAAAAAACACAUGAAUGUGUUCUGUUCUUUUUUUUUUUAUUAUGGGUUUUCGGUAAGAGAAAAUUAAGUAUACUUUUAUGAAUUAAAUAAGGGUAAUUUAU